AUGAGUAGCAUCAAAUGCUUUAAAUGUGGGCAAAUUGGGCAUUGGGCACCUGAGUGUCUCAGUACAGGUGGAUGUGGUCGGAUUCGUGGUCGGGGCAGAGGAAGCUUCACUGCUGCAAGAGAUAUCUGUUAUCAUUGUGGUGAAUCAAGCCACCUUGCAAAGGAUUGUGAGCUCCAGGAGAAUGCUUCCUACAACUGUGGUAAGGGUGGCCACAUUGCCAAAGAUUGCAAGGAGCCAAAGAAGGAGAGAGAACAAUGCUGCUACAACUGUGACAGACCUGGAUGUCUGGCCCGUGACUGUGAUCAUGCUGAUGAGCAGAGAUGUUAUUCUUGUGGAGAAUUUGGGCAUAUUCAGAAGGACUGCACUAAAGUCAAGUGCUAUAGGUGUGGUGAAACUGGUCACGUCGCUAUCAAUUGCAGCAAGGCCAGUGAAAUAAACUGCUACUGCUGUGGUGAAGCUGGAAAUCUUGCACGGGAAUGUAUUUUUAUGCUGCUGGCAACGGUGACCAACUCCUCCACUUAA